AUGUCUCCGAUAACUUCUCUUCGUGAUUACGAAAAAUUCAUUGAAAUUAAACCAAAUCUUUAUCGUGCAACAUUUUCUUUAAAACUGCUAGGUAUUAACUGUCCUGUGGCAGUAUUUUUGAUUCACAUACCUCAUAUCAAUGAUUGGACUUUAAUUGACGCUGUAGAUCCAGAGAAUGUAUCGAAACUGACAAAAGCACUUGAAUCACAUUUCAAAUCAUUUUCCGGUUACAACUUAAAAUAUAUAGCAAUAACUCAUGGUCAUUUUGAUCAUACAGGAGCUUUACUCAGAUUAUUAGAUGAAUAUAAAGAUGCCAAAGUCGUUAUGGGAGAUGCCGAAGUUCCUUUCGUUGUGCAUGGAAAGAAAUACAAUGAACUUCAUGGAGAAACUUUAUUCUUUCAGAUAUUAAAAUAUUUUGGUAGAGAAAGUGAUGUAGCUUUAGGAAGUGAAGAUAGGGUUGUUUCUAUUAAAAAAGGUAGCGAACAAGAAUUCGAAUUUUAUGAUAUUUUGAAACCAAUUUUUACGGUUGGGCACACACCUGGAUCACUUUCAUAUUUACAUGUCCCAACGAAUAGUGUUUUAGUAGGAGAUUUAAUUGCCAACUUUUCUUAUCUGCCUGCCCUUUUUAAUGAGAGACUCAGUAUAAUUCCAUUUUCUUCUGUUGUAUCGGAUAAUAAGGAAUCUAUAAAGAUGAUAUCUCAAAUGGAAAGUGAAAUUACAAUAGUAUUUCCUGCUCAUGAUAUUAGUCCAGAUGGAAUUAAAUUACUUUUAUCCGAUUUUACCAAAGCCAUGUCGCAUAACUUGAAUAUGUGA